AGUCGAAAUCAGAAUCAACUCGUUCGCUGAGCAUUCAACAAGUCUUCCUUCUACUCCUUCAACUUCUUAAAAAACCCCUCAACAACAACAUGAAGUUCGCCGUUGCCGUAGUCAUGUUCGUGUGCGCCGUUGCCGGUGCUCAGGCUUCGUGGGCCGCAAUUGCACCUGGCGUGUCCUAUGUGAACUCGGUGGCCCAUGGCGGUCCCGGUCUGUGGGGCGGUGCCUGGAAUGGCGCCUGGAACGGUGCCUGGAAUGGUGCCUGGAACAACGGUGCAUGGAACAACGGCUGGGCCGCACCAGCUGCCGUUGCUGUCCAUGCCAGCGCUCCCUGGGGUCUCGGCGCUCACGGCUGGAACGCUGGUGUUCCCGGCAUUGCCCUGGCUCAGGGUCCCGGUGCCGGUGCCCUCGGUCCCCACGGCCAUGAGGGUGUCUACGUUGCCAAGACUCGUGGUGCCAUCCACACCGCCCCCCUUGCCGGUCACAUCAACUCAGCCACCUCCGUGAAUGUGGCACCUGCUCCCGGUACUCUGUAAAUGCUGCCAAAAAAAGCCACAACAACAAUGCAUGCCAAAUGAAGUGAGCUGCAGGCGGGGCAGGACAACAGUCGGGGUUGAGCCGUGCACCACAGGCGCAACCAGUUGUUGUCUCUCUCUCACUCUACGCUAUCCACUUCUUUUCACGAUUUCAACGACUCUCUACUCGGAUACUCUACCACCACCACAACACAACCACCCACUAUUUUUUAAGCACACCGCUCUUAGUCCCGUUUGCGAACCCGAGAACCGUGCGGUUCUCCAACUGGUUCACACCGAAACACACUCACACUCACGCGCACAUUUGAGUUAGUUCUGUGUUCAGCAAAUAAGUCCAACAA